UUAAAAAAAAAAAAAAAAAAAAAGUAGAAAGCACCAAACCGCCAUUGCUCCUUGCAGAGUGGGCUUGGAGGGGGCAGGAAGAAUCUUUUGCACCACUUGACUUUUAACAGGCAGACACCACCUUUAUUUGGGGAGAAAAAGUGUUUGCAGUGUCUGCGGCAGGAGGAUUGCCAUGAGUUUGAGGUCAGCCUGGACUACAUAGUGACACCCUGUCUCAAAGAAACAAACAAAAACUAGGUAGGUCCUCUUGCAACUUUCUGUCCCCAGAGGGAGACCCUCUGCCCCUACAGUGCAGCCCAACAUCAAGCCAGAUGACCGCACCUUCCAAGCAGCCAGCCUCGGCCAUCUGCCUGUCUCCUGGCCUGACAACCCGGUCUCACCUCCGGCCCGCCAGCCUGUGCCAGGCCAAUGGGGCCUACAGCCGUGACCAGUUCAGGCCUCAAGCCACCAUGGUAAGGGAAGUCCAGGAGAGAAAGGAAUUCCUGGCUGCCAUGGAGGCCCUGGGACAGGGCAGGCAAUACCACGGGAUCAUCCUCACUGAAAUCUCCCAGGUAGGAGCAACCAGCAGGGGGUGGUGGGCCUGGGGUGCGGAGCAGAUGGGAGAAGCCACAGCAGUCUUGAGCUCAGUCCACAUCAUCUCGAGCUCUUUCAGCUCCUGUCGGACACUGGCUUUCCCUGAUCGCCUUUGCAGAAAAUACGGGAAAUGGAAGACAUUGACCACAAGAGGACCGAAGAACUUACAAAAGCUCUGGCCACCACCUAGCCAGAGAUGGAACGGGCAGCCCACCCUGGACGGCUGGAGGCACCUGUACUGGCCCUCACCACAUCCAGUGGUGGCUAGCACUGCCCUGCCUAUGUCAGCGUGGGGCAGACAGGGCCUUCCCUGGACACUACUGUGGAUGCCUCUGAGCCACCCACCCACAGCCACAGACUUCCAGUCCUUUCUGUGACGGCAAGGCCCAGGUCCCAGCACUGUGGACGCAUGUUGCCAGGCAUGCAGGGUUCUCUCCCUGUCACCUCCAGCCUCUAAGUGUCCUGCUCCUUUUGUUCCUGAACUUAAGACUGAAGGUGUAGCUUUCUUCACAUGUCUUAGGAAGUCAUGCCCAUUUUACUUCUUAUAGCCCUGGGCAAGAGUUUAACCACACCAAUUAGUUGGCCAAUAAAACAUUUAACUUGGGUCAUUU